CCACACUGUUAUCGAUUGUCAAACAGCUGUCUGUAGUGUCAAGAAUUUAGCGUUUAGGUGCAUUUUUGUUUUUUUUUUUUGAUUUAUGUGAAAUUUUACACAAAAAACGGGAUAUCAUAGUAUUGUAGGAGCGCUGUCUGGGCCUCCAGCGGUUUCAGCACCUAAUAGUACAAACAACCUCGUUGCACCUGCAAAUUGUGAUACGAUACGCAUUGCCUUAAAUAUAAAAAAAAAAAAAUAACCUGCAAUAACUGAAACCAAUUGGUAAUGUUAAGUACGUUUUCUAAGCCAUGGAUACAGCAGAACCAGAAGCAACAGCACCAGCUGCCCAGUCAAAUGCCGACUCCGGCACAUCGAAAACCGAAAAAACCGCCAGUGCUCCCACGGAGCCGUCGUCGUCUGCGUCUGCGUCGGCGCCAGGGUCACGCUACAACAGCCGGCACGGUCGCGAUGGAAAUAAUGCUGGUCGCACAGGUGGUCACUGGGAUUCGACGGACCAUUGGCAGCAAAACAAUCGCUACGCGCAGCGAAGGAUAAACGAGCGAUGGAACAGGGACAUGGACAGGGACAGUGACUCCUUCUUCAAUCGGUUUUCGAAUAGAAAUAAUCCGUAUCAGCAAAAUCGUCCACCAAACUAUCGCUGGCAGCGCAACGAUUAUUCAGAUAGAUCAUAUUACGGACAAGAGAGGUACUCCAAUUAUGAACGCAGAACAAGUGAAGACCGCCACAAUUGGGGCUACAACCCUGCCAGAAAUAAUGGGAACGAUCAAAUUAGAAAGUUCCAUCCAAAUCCCGAAUCAAAAGAACUGAAAGAAACUGAAACUGAUUGUGAAUCGAAAGGAGCUUCUAAAGCGGGUUUGCAACCUCUGGAAACGCAAAAAAAAUCCAAAGAAAAUCCAGAAAAUAAAGAAAGUCUAUUUAGGGGCCAGUCAGAUCCAAAAGGAGGAGUUUCUAGAUCAAACAAGUGCGAUAUCCCCACCCGAAAUAAGAAGAACAAUCAAAAUCACAAAUCACAAGAACUGAAAGGAACAGAAGUUGAUCGUGAAUCGAAAGGAGCUUCUAAGGCUAAUCGUGUCCUUCUGAAAACACCAAGCAAUUUGAAAGAACAGCCAGGAAAUAAAGGGAGGCCAUUUAGUGGCCAGUCAAAUAAAGAAAAAGCAGCAUUGGGAGGGGAUUCUAGUCAAAUCAAAGUCCCCAAGCCCAUUGCUACCAGUGAGAUACCCAGUGGGAAUCCCCCGCCAGCAGCAGAGUCUGAGUCUAGUCAAACAUAUCCCAAGAUCAAAGUACGUCCCUUAGCAGAGCUGCUGAACCACGGGAUCCUAGCUGCAACCGAGGAGAACCGCCUGGGACGCACUGCCCCACCCGAAAAACCGCCGAAUCCUUUGUCCUACAGACCUGCCCCCAAAAUUCGCCGACUUACUGUGGCUGGCUGUGGUGCCUUCGAUACACCGGAUAGUCCUACCUCAAUCGAAAGUCGCCUCGCGAACCUAGACAAGGAGAGCCUCAAGUAUAUAAUCAACAACAGUGACACCAUAUACGAGGAGCACCUCAAGUUCCAGGCCCGAAAACGACUGCAGGACAAAAUUGGUCGCCAGCUCAAGAAAUUUAAUCUGGAAAAGCCGAAGGAAAGCCGGGUCACGCCACCGAUUGAAGACGAGACCGUUGAUGACAUCAAAUUACCAAAAGUACUGCUCCAAGAGAUCGAAAAGUGCCUUAGCAUAAGCACUCCAGAGGCUGACGGAAGCAAGUCAAGUCCACAAAAGGAGAAAGUGGCUUUAGAGGAACGAGAAAUCCAAACGGAACCUACCAUUAAGAGAGGGGAGUGCAGUAAAAAGAGUUCAGAGUCCAAACAGGAACAAGAACAAAACUCUAGCAUUAAGAGCGGGCAGUGCAGUAAAAUUCCAGAAAAAGGAAGGAAUUCUAGUCACAGAGAGAAGGAGACCCCAACAGAGACAAUGGCUGGUGCCAAUAAUCUGAUGAGACGGCUCAAAGCCGCCGACGAGGUGAAGACAAUGACCGCAGUGCGUCAAUAUAAUGGCCGUCCCAGUGGCAGCUUCCCGCCCCGCGGUCCUUUGCUACCAUUCCCAAAACAAGACAAAAAGUUGAGCAGUGGCGAGGGGAAAGAACGCAAAAUAGGCAUAUCCUCGCCCACGAAAGCCAAACCAAAAGAUAAAACUAAAGAGAGCACUCCAAACGAUACCGCUCCAGCCCCACCAGAAGCCACACUUUCGAUCAAAAAGGAGAUCACAGACUGCGAAAUAAUUCAGCCGACGGGGAAUGCAACAAUAGUUGUCAGCUCUUCCUCUGAUGAAGAUGAGGCUGAAGCUGAAGCUGAAACUGAAACUGUGGAUAAGCCCCACAACAAGACACAACCGCAGCGACAGGCAACCGCAGUGGCAAAGCCCAACGAUGAAGAAGCGAGUGAUCACUCGACCACUUCUCAAUGCAGCACCGAGUCCUCUAAGCAGCGCUACAGGCAGAAGCUAAAGCUUGAUGCGGACUAUGUGGUAGACAGUUUCGAGAAGCUGAUUCUGCCGCAUCUGAAGGAAUCGCUAGCAGAGAGAUUCAAAAGCCUGAAUAGCGACCGUAUACACACUCGUCUUCACUUCAUAUCCUGCGUUGUGACGUCCAGCGACCACAAUUCGCAAAGCAUCAGCAAAAUGGAAAUAGUCAAAAUGCAAAAUAAUCUCAAGCUUCGAAACAAUCGGCUGGGCAUUGAGUUCCUACUGCGCCAGAUGGUGCAUGUGGUUAAUCAGCAGAAGCAGCAGGCGGCGGCACAGCGGUCAAAGGAACAGGAGGCGAAAAAGCUGAGCAAUAGGAUUAGCACGGUGACGAGUGCCGUCUCAGAGAAUGCUGAAUCUGCAAAAGAGCCGCCGCCACAUCAAAGACUCCUGGGGGAAACUGCAGUGGCACCACCCUCUAGUCAGAGUCCUCGUCAGAGUUCUCCCUUGCCGUCUUCUCGUCAGAGUCCACCAGCAUUGCCUUCUCGUCAGAGUCCACCAGCAUUGCCUUCUCGUCAGAGUCCACCAGCAUUGCCUUCUCGUCAGAGUCCACCAGCAUUGCCUCCUCGUCAGAGUCCACCAGCAUUGUCUUCUCGUCAGUGUCCACCAGGACUUCCCUUUCUUCAGAGCCCACCAGCCUUGCCCCCGCGUCCAAUUAACCCACCAUUUUCUGUUUAUCCUCCUGGAUUUCUGGAUUCCCCAUUGGCUCGACACUCCCCAGGCGGCUAUCCCCUGUCCGAAUCCACUGAACCUCUGCGACAUGUGACAAGCGACAUGGUGGCCCAAAAUCUAGUCGAAAUCGAUCGUCGUCUCUUGGAGAAUCAAAAUAGACGUAGCUUUCUCGAGGAAAUGAUCAUGAAAUUCCAAAAGGAGAAAUCCGACUUGGAAAUUCACAGCCUGGAGAUGCAAAACCGCAAGUUUCUGCUGAUCAAUUCAGCAAUCUACAGGAACCAUGGACCAGCAACAGCAUCAUCUGUGAUGCUCUCCACGCUUGCUACCCAGAGCCAGGCAGAAGUUUUGGGGCAGUCUUGUAAUAGAAACGAGGCUUCUUCGAACCAAACACAAGCCAGACCGAAGCGUCGCGUUCGUCGGGCUGUGGUGGUCAAGUACUUGCCCAAGCGUAGGGCAAGAUUCAAUCGUCGGACAGCCAAGAGGAAUGAUAAUUCAGACGAGUUGGUGGCUCAGCUCCAGCUGGAGAUUGCAGCCAAGGAGCAGACUGAAAAAUCCGAGGAGAUCUCACCGAAAAUGCCCAUGCCGAUAAUAGAGCCCGAUGCGGUGAUCAAACAGGAACCCAUGGAUUUCUGCAAUGCAAUGGAGUUGCAGUCGCCGCGUCCCAACAUCGCCGAAAAUGGUGCUAGCCCCAACAAACGAUCGGCGGAUCACAUUCCAGCGGCCGCCUCCAGGCCCAAGCAGUCGCGUAAGAGCAAAACAAUUACCAGUACAGUAUCAGAGUCUAAUCCUACCCAGCAGCCGCUAGCCAUUAUACCACCGCUACCACCACCACCGCCGCCGCCGCCCGAGCCGAACUACAACAUGCCAUACCAGCUGCCACGGAGUAUCCUCAAGGCCCCACCGCCACUACCCACGCAACUGAGACAGCAUACGGUAGAGUCCAACGGGGACAUGGGAUCGGAUCUGGGCUUCAUACGCAAGGGCCGCCUUCACUCGGUCGUCAGUCCGAUCACACAAAUACGCAUUUAUAAGAACCACAUACUAGCAGCCGCCGAGGAUGGGGACAUCUACAUCUUCAACCUUCACAAUCACAAGCUCGAGCGUCAGAUCCCGAAGCACGGCGAGGCCAUCACAAACAUGCAUCUGUGCGAGAAGGAGUCAUUUCUGUACACCACAUCAUUGGACGGCUUCCUAAAGAAAUCCUCAUUGGAGAAUCUUGAGAGUGUCCAGCAAACAGUAUACGUCAAGGAGCCAUUGCAAUCUAUUGACAUUGCCUGGGAUGCCGCAUUUAUUGGCAGUCGCUGGGGCCACAUCUUUGUCUAUAAUGUGGUGACCAACAAAAUGAUAGAAUCCCCUUUGCUCUCCACGGGCCAGUCCAUUAUCGCAGUCAAGGCCACCAAAGAAGGCCACAGGAAGAUCAUCAUACUGGGCUGCAAGGGAAACUUUGUGAAUUUCCAUGAUGCGGCCACAGGUCUGUUGCUACGUCGCCUGGGCGUACCCGACGGACUGAACGUCUACAGUUUACUGCUCAAUGACGGACAUGUCUACUGCGGCACGCAGAAGAACGAGAUCUACAAGUUUGAGUUUGCUAGUGGAAACCUGGUCACAAAGCUGAGCUGUGGCAAUGGGGCCGUGUCCAUGGUCAGCUUCAGGGACAGAUAUUUGCUGAUUGGCUGCUAUGAUGGAUUCAUUUAUGUCUUGGAUAAGCAUAAGGGCUCCCAGGUGGGCCGGUUCGAGGGCGCUGGACGCUUGGUACUGGCCCUGGCCAUAGCGGGCGACAGUAUCGUAACAUCAUCGAAGGACAACUCGUUGGAGGUGCUAGAAAUCCCCCCGGAAAUGCUAAAUGGUGGACAACAAUGCAAUUAGAUUAAAGAUAAUAUAUAGAUCAGAUUUAAUUUAACAAUUUAACACACACAUCCACACGCGCACUUUGUGUAUAUAACUUUACAAUCAUACUGAUUAGUGAAUCAUCAGCGAAUAGAUCAAAAUUUUUAAUUUUUUUUUAUAUAUUUACAAUUUGGCAUAAUUGUGUUUAAAUAUGAUUUUCCUUAAAGAACAUUUCUUCCGUCAUGAAUAAUAGUAAUAGAAUAAAAGGAAAAGCGCCAUUAAAAAGUAAAAA